CAAUAAGAACGCGGCUAAAAAACCAAAAGUACACCAGACGACACAAAAGUCGCCGAUGAACUAUGUGUCCAACGAACAAUCCACAAAGAUAAAACGGAAACCCGUCCGUGCCCCAACAUCUGCGGCUGUAACAAUUACUUUACGAGAGGGUUCCACCGCUAUCUACGGCAGCAUAAUGAAGGACGCCAAAGCGAAAAUUCGGGUAGAGGAACUCGGAAUCGAGUAUUAUCCGACAAAAGCGUGCCAUUACAGGGGGAAUCCUAAUGGAGAUUGGCGGAAU